GAACCAGGUGUGCAUCCGCUGGGACCUGCCUCUGAAGGACAUGAAAAUUUCCCUCCCAAAAAUGCAAUAACAGACCAAGAGAGCAGUCAACAGAUAGAGCAGCUGGAAUUUGAACUCAAGAAAAAGCGCAAAAAAUGUGAAAACCUUGAGCAUGAAGUGAGGAAAAAGCAUAAAAGAUGCAAAGAACUGGAGAUCCAGCUGCAGGAGGUACAAAGUGAAAAUGCGCGACUGGCCGAAGAGAACUUGCAGCUGAACGAGAAGGCUGGAUGGGCAGAACAGGUUGAAUCUGAGAAUGCUGACCUGAAAUUGCAGGUUGUUUUGGUUACUAAGGAACGGGAUUCAGUAAUUCAGACGAAUCAAGGACUCCAAACCAAGCUGGAGAAUCUAGAGCAGGUGCUGAAGCACAUGAGAAAUGUGGCUGAGCGAAGGCAGCAGCUGGAGGUCGAGCACAAGGAAGCGCUGCUAGUCCUGCAGGAGAAGCAAGAGGAAGUCAGACGGUUGCAGCAGGCACAGGCAGAGGCAAAAAGAGAACAUGAAGGAGCAGUACAGCUUCUAGAGGCCCGUGUGAAAGAUCUAGAAGACCAGUGUCGCAGUCAAACAGAGCAGUUCAGCCUCCUGUCUCAGGAACUCAAACAAUUCCGACUUCAAACAGGAAAAAUCGACCUUCUCACCUCUACGCUGGUGACUUCUGAGCUUCCUCUUGCUCUUUGCAGCUCUACCCCACAGCCCCACUGGGAGAAGGAAUCGACUGGUCCUGGAUUGCUCACUCACCAGAGCACAAAGAAGGUUCACAAUGAAGAGACUGAUGGGUUGGAGUUGUCACAGCGGGUGCCUGAUGCCACUGUUGGCUCCCCAGUCACUGCUACCAGUUCUCAGAAACAAGCCAAGAAAGUGGAAUCUCAGUCAAACUCUUCAAAAUCAGAAUCCAUGCAGAACAGUCCAAAAUCCUGCCCAACUCCAGAGGUGGACACUGCAAGUGAAAUGGAAGAACUGGAUGUUGACAGUAUCUCUCUAAUGCCAGAGCCCGGCAGCCAAGGCCCUGCAAAGCUCCAGGUGUUCUUAGCUCGAUACAGCUACAAUCCUUUUGAUGGACCUAAUGAAAAUCCAGAGGCAGAGCUUCCACUGACUGCAGGAGAAUAUAUUUACAUCUAUGGAGACAUGGAUGAAGAUGGCUUCUUUGAAGGGGAGCUGAUGGAUGGUCGGCGAGGGCUGGUCCCCUCCAAUUUUGUUGAGCGAGUUUCAGAUGAUGACCUCAUGACGUUUCUGCCUUCGGAGCUGAAUGAUCUCACCCAUAGUUCAUACCAGGAGAAAAGUUUUGUCAGUGCAAGCACCAGCAGUGGAGAUAAGAGUGAUUUCUCCAUUGAAGAGAGUAGCAUCAGUCCGUUGGCCAGUAGAGCAGAAGGAGACCAGGAGGAACCUGUUAGUCAUACAGCAGUGCCUUACCCAAGAAAAUUGACUUUGAUCAAGCAGCUUGCCAGAAGCAUAGUUGUAGGCUGGGAACCACCACUUUUGCCAGCUGGCUGCCCAGACAUACAAAGCUACAACAUCUAUGUGGAUGAAGAGCUACGUCAAAAUGUGAAGAGUGGCUUCCAGACCAAAGCAGUGAUUGAAAAGCUGGAUUUAAAGACAAAGGCCUACCGUGUGUCUGUGCAGACUGUGACAGAGCAAGGCAGUUCUGAUAAGCUGCGAUGCACUUUCUUUGUGGGGCAAGAUUUGUGUGUGGCACCAACUAUGCUGAAAGUCCGAAGUGUCACUGCCACGUCAGCAGAGGUCACGUGGCUUCCCUGCAACAGCAAUUACAACCACGCGGUGUAUCUCAAUGGGGAGGAAUGUGACAUAACAAAACCUGGGGUCUACUGGUACACCUUCCGCAACCUGCAGCCGAGCACUCAGUAUGUUGCCAAGCUGGAGGCACGGCCCCUGAAAACACCUUGGGAAGAGGCCCCAGAGGGGCAGGAGCAGGAUUCAGCUGUGAUACACUUCACUACCCCGCUAGCAGGCACACCUGAUGCUCCUUUGGAUGUCCAGGUAGAAGCUGGUCCCUCACCAGGUAUCCUCGUUAUCAGCUGGUUACCGGUCACCAUUGAUGCCGAAGGAUCUUCCAAUGGAGUUCGAGUCACCGGUUAUGCUGUGUAUGCGGAUGGACAGAAGGCAAUAGAAGUUACUUCUCCAACAGCUGGGAGUGUCCUGGUGGACUUAUCCCAGCUUCAGAUGUUCCAGGUGUGCCGGGAGGUUUCUGUGAGAACGAUGUCUCUGUACGGGGAGUCGGUGGAUUCAGUUUUUUCAGAUUCUGCUGUUUCUACCACUUUUACCUCUAGACUGCCCCGUGGAGAGCCCAAGGUCUCUCUGCCUGCACGCAGCCCACCCAUGCACCAGAUGGCUGCACUCUUGCUUCGACAAAAAGUUCCCACUGAUAGCUCAGAUGCCAAAUUGACUGAUCUCUCCUUCAGCCACAACAGCUCAGCACAAUCUCUGCCAGAGAAAGCCUCUUCACCGCUGCACCUCUCCUCCCCCAGUGCUUCCUUGGUGCAGGUUUUAGGCGCUUCCUCAGAGGGAUCGGACACUGCACAGGACAAGAAAUGCCUGACUGUGCCUCCUCAGCAAGCUGGCAGCACAGUGCUCCCUGGUGAGGGCGCGGAGCCUGUCCCUUCAAGGGAAGCAGAAUUUCAAGGCAAAGGGAUGGAGGUGCAGGUGGAGCAAUCCGUAACUAAAGCACCAGAGCUGGAAAGCCUGUCUGACAGUAGUCUGAAGAUACAUAUGGAGACCUGCCAUGCAUGCUCCAUGGAAGAAUCACCAAAAGGUCCCAGUGCUGAAAGAGAGAAAGAGGCAAAGGAGAAGCACUUGAGCCCAGAGCCUCUGCUCUCCCCCAGCCAGGCUGAGGGGACAGAGGGCACCUUCCAAGACACAAGCGUGGGUGGGAGCAGCUGCCAGGAGUUCCCAAGGUUGUCCCCUGGCAAGGAGGUGAUGAAAGAAAUGUCCAGAGUGAAGAGAGAGCAAGAAGAAAAAAUGUCUGAAAUGGGAAGACGACAGCUGACCCUUUUUGCUGAGCACAACCGUAGUUCUGACCUUUCAGAUAUUUUGGAAGAGGAAGAAGAAGAUGAGCUGUCUUCAGAAGCUCUGGAAGAGAAGAAAUGGGACCAGAGAGAGCAGUGUUACCGGGAGAAUGGGGAGAAGAUGGAUCUUUGCGAUACUGACAGCGAUGAGGAGAUUCUGGAGAGGAUACUAGAGCUCCCGCUUCAGAAGAACCACAGCAAGAAAUUGUUUAGCAUCCCUGAAGUGACUGAGGAUGAGGAUGAAGAUGAGGAUGAGAAGUGUAUUAUGGAGGAAAAGGCAGACCCUCAAGACUCCUUGGAAAAGCUUACCUACUAUUCAGGAAGGACAGAGAAGCCGCUCAACAUCAAGGAGCCAUUUCUAAAGGCAGAUGGGAGUAAUACCUCCACAGAUCUGUCUGCUCAGACUCCGUGGGAGGAGCAUGGUGUUAAGGAGAGCAGAGGGGAUGCUGACCAUGCAAACCCUGCCUUUGUCCAGCUGGCCUGGAGUCAAAAGAAGGCAAACUGGAACUGGGGCUAUCAGGAGAAUGAUCAGAAGUCUGGGACUGGGGCAAGUCCCACUUGGAGCAAGAAGAAGGGAAAUAAUUAUCGAGAGAAGAUCCGGAGUCGGCCUGAGAUGGGUAGGAAGAGACAGAAUAAUUUGACAGAGCACUGCAGUCGUCUGCUGGGCAACUGCAGUCAGAUGGGAGGCGGGUUAUACAGAGCUCCUAGCCUCAGGGAAGAGCUGAACAUUGUAAGCAGUGCUGGUGGUAAGGAGGGCUUUGAUGUGUACAGUCGUGCCAGACAAGGAACCUUACGAAAAAAACACAUGAAAACAGUGGUUUCAGGGUUUGCAGAACCUGCUGUAUCGGCAACACACUGCUACAGCCCCAGGAGCCUGGAGAUAGAUAUUGAAUAUGACUCUGAAGAUGAUCAGGAUUCGACCUGUGCAUCCCCCCCUGAGAGCAGGCUGUGGCCAGAAAGGUCCCAGAGCUGUCAGGGGGACUGGAGUGAUUGCUCCAGUCAGUCUGAGGUUGCCCACACAGAUAGCAGAAGGGACCUGACCCAACUGGAGACGAUGGAAGAGCAGGGUAUGGAGUGGGCUGGGUCUCCGAGCCAGCGCCUGCGAUUCUUCUGCCAGGAGAAGGAAGCACUGAGAUGUGAGAGCAGAUCUGAGGAGCAGGGCUGGGAGCUGGACUGCGUCCAGUCAUAAAGAUCCUAGGGGCCAGGAGCUGCCUGGCGCAGCUGCCUGGCAGGCUCCCAGCAGAAGACGGAACAAGAGCGUAAGAAGCAGCCAAACACAGAAACCUUUGCUCUCUAGUCCAGGUGUGUGGAGACAAGGAUGCUGAUGGCUUUUACAGGGGUGAAUGUGCAGGAAGGGAGGGG